AUACAGUAUUAGCAGUAUUAUUUCAUUUUUACUAGCAUCUUAAUUUGAUUCUAUAAAUACUUACAGUGAAAAUUAUAAAUUUAUGUCUAGUCGUUUAAUGUCGGACUCCUAUUAUAUUAGGCUGGAUAAUCUUAUUCAAUGACUUGUUUAUAAACAUCUUGCCUGCCUUUUCCCUUUAGUCUAGUUUGAAAAUAUCCUGUAUUUAUGGACAUAAAGGAUAUAAUAUGUCUCCUAGGUUGUUCUUCACACAAACCUGUUAAGAAAUAUUUUCAUGUUAACACUCUAAUACUAAUUGACUUAGCUGUGGAUCCAGAAAUUUUGAAGGGUGGGGUGAUUUUUUUUCAAAACCCUAACCUCUUUUACUAUGGCCAAUGGUUAACGAGGGCAUCAUGUAGUCAGCACAUUGAUCAACCACUUUACUUUCCCCAACUAAUGUCAGUUAUGCAGAAACAGAUUUCCUUAACAUUAUCUGCCCUAUAGAUCACAAGGAUUAAAAGGGGUACUUAACUUUAAAAAAAAAUCAUAACCUCAGGUAUCUUUGGGCUCUCCUUAGAUAGCUAGGGGUCUCUAUGAGCACUAAGCUCCCCCAGCAGUGGCAAGCCAUUUUUUGCCAUCUCAGCUGUUCAGAUGCAUUAUUAGAAGGUAAAAUUAAGUUAAUUAAAGUGUCUAAUUAUCAAAAAAUUGAUGUGUGAGUGUAAACAUUUAAUGACCUGGAAAAUUAUACAACUAUUGGAACAAUAUUUUACUAUCCAGAUUGAAAAGCUGAGAGAGAGGCAGUAAAGUGGAAACGCUUAAUUAGAAUGUUUACUAGCUUUGGACAUACAAAUCAGACGCACAAAUGAAUGGAGAGGGGAAAAGCAUUUGCAAUGAAGACCAGGAAGCCAGAGACAGCAAUUCAAUACCACUAAGUUUUGUAGUGGUUCUCAUUAUUAUUCUCUUAAAUACUUUUGUGAAUACUGACAUCAAUGGUAAUAUUACCCAAGACAUGGGUGAUAUUUAAGUUUUUACAACAACUGCAUAUGACGUUGGAUACAUGCCUUCUUUCUCCUUAUAAAAUUGUGUUUUUAAAACAAAACAGGUUCUGGAUCAAUAAAAAAAAUCUUGCAUUUAAUAGGCUUGUAGCUUGGCUUUAUGAUUCAUCAGAAUUUUCAAUUCAAACGUUUGAGAUAUUCAUUCCUCUUUGUUGAAUGUACGUGUGUGUUCAGACACUAGUAUCAAACAUAGGGGGACUACGAGAGCAAAGGAUGAACAUGGGGCAGAAAGUCUCAGGGGGAAUCAAGACCAUCUCCAGCGCUAGGGAGCCAACAUAUAAAGCCAUAAAUCGUGAACCUGCUUACAACCCAGAUUUUCAUAAACCUAGUCGGCUCGACGCCUUACUAGACAUGCCUCCAUCCUCUCGUGAGGUUCAGAUCAAGCAUGCUUGGAAUGCUGAUGAUCGAUCAUUAAAUAUAUUUGUUAAAGAUGAUGACCAAAUGACCUUUCACAGGCAUCCUGUUGCCCAGAGCACAGACUGCAUCCGAGGCAGAUUUGGAUACACCAGGGGGCUUCAUGUGUGGGAAAUCUUCUGGAGUACUCGCCAACGAGGAACUCAUGCUGUUGUUGGUGUAGCUACUAGUGACGCUCCUUUACACUGUGUUGGAUAUCAAAGUCUGGUUGGCAGUAAUAAAGACUCCUGGGGUUGGGAUCUGGGUAGGAACAAACUCUACCACGAUAUGAAAAAUACACCAGGAGUCACAUACCCAACAUUACUAAACUCUGACGAGAACUUUGUUGUACCUGACAGUUUUCUAGUCGUCUUAGAUAUGGAUGAAGGAACAUUAAGUUUUGUGGUGGAUGGACAAUAUUUAGGUGUUGCUUUUCGUGGGCUUAAAGGCAAGAAACUCUACCCCAUUGUAAGUGCAGUAUGGGGUCAUUGUGAAAUCACCAUGAAGUACAUUGGAGGUCUAGAUCCUGAGCCGUUGCCACUAAUGGAUAUAUGUCGAAGAACAAUACGAGCACAGCUAGGAAAACACAGGCUACAAGAUACACACUCCUUACCCAUCCCCACUUCACUCAAACAGUAUCUGCUCUACCAGUCAUAGCAUUGAGUUCAACAGACAUAUGCAUUCAAGUUUGAUCAUUAGAAUAUCAGCGUCUUGUUUACUUGGUUGUUGUUUUUUUUUUUUCAAAACCUCAUCAGAAAAAGACAAUUUUAAUUACUACUGUCUAUAUGGGUCAUAUUAAUUCUUUGUUAUAAUUGUUGUUAUUUAUUUAUUAGUUGUUGUAACGGCACAUUGCCAGCAUCGUCACACUAGAUGUCAGCAUCAUGAUUUCAUUGAUUACAUUCUAAACUAUCAUUGCUCUUUUUUUAUAUAUAUCAGUUGUUUUUAAGUUGUGACACUGUACAUUAAUACCUGCAUUUUACUCUCAACAAUUGUAUUAAUUUGUUGUAAUAGUCAUUCAGUUACUAAAAAAUAUUUUGUUAGUCCAAGAUGUUGUCAACUAUGCUAUUUAAUAUGAAUCUGGAAUUGUUCGUUAUUUAUGACUUGGAAAAGGUUAUGAGUUUACAAACAAAAAUACGCAUGGCAUAGAGUUCACCUUGUGUCUCUCUGAUUAAAACAAGCAGUAAGUUUGUUUUUUAACAUCGGCGGGAGUGAAUUUAAUUCAAUUCUAGACAUUUCUUAAAAUCUCCACAAGAAGAAAGUGUAAUCACCACUUGACACUAUGUGUGUGUUUGUAGAUUGUAAAAGUGUGUUUAUAGUUUGUUUUGUUUAAUUGCCUAAAAAAAGGGAAUUUCAAAUACCUUUCUUUACUAAUGAAACAACCAAUUUAAAGCUUUCUUGUUUUGAAAUGUUACUGUAGUUGGACAUGAUAACAUAAUUGUUAUAACGGGCCACACACUUGUUCAGGGAUAUACAGAUUUAAUUGAUUGACACGGUGGUCAUACCCAUUAAUAAUUCAUUGUUGCACUAAAUUAAAGCUUAAAAACUAAAUUUUAAACUUUCUUUAACUAUUUAGAACACCUUUUUUUUGGCUAUCACAGUAUCGCAGGUUAUUUACAGCCUCUUAUGUUAUAUUUGUUGUUUUAUUUAUUGAGUUUUUCUUUUAUACCGUUAACAAAUCUUAAUUGCAGAAGAAAUAAAUAGAUAUGUCACUAUCUUUAUUUUGAAAAGAAAUAUACUUUAUUAUGUUGAAA